AUGAGUGAAGAAAACCAACAACAACCAGAAACACAACAAGUGAAUCAAACAAGUGAAAAACAAGAAGAAAAUGUUGAAUUAAUUGAUAUUAUUAAAAUUACUGAUCAAAAACAAAAAUGUGAGGAAAUUGAAAUGAACCAAAAAGAAAUUCAAAGUAUUAUCAAAGAUCAAUUACAACAUGUAGCUCAUAUUCAACAAUUAAUUAAUGAAAAAUCAAAGGAUUUUGAUAAAACUAUUGACCAGUCUAUUGCAAUAGUCAAAGAUACUAGAAAUGACCUUCUUGUUAUUCAAGCAAAACUUCAGUUUGAUUCUUAUUUCUAUCUAACAAUUAAAUAA